CCACAGCAGAGUUUAAUUACAGAACCUGCGAUCGGGACAGUCGGCCAGAAGGCAGGAUGCAGGUUUCAUUAGUGUGCACGGACCACCGUGGGGGGGUUAGCCGCAACACGGAGGACCGGCUCAACCGCCAGAACGCCAACAGCCCCAACACAGGCACCCGCAGCAAGUUCAGAGCAGUGGCCAUGGUCGCUCGCAGUCUGGGACAGCUGUCCGUUCAGAGCGUGCCUUCCUCCAGCGAGCAAAGCAUGAAGACGGGCAUGAAGUAUAGAAACCUCGGGAAGUCGGGCCUGCGGGUGUCCUGCCUCGGAUUAGGAACAUGGGUGACGUUCGGCGGACAGAUAACGGAUGAGAUGGCAGAGCAGCUGAUGACUCUGGCCUACGAAAACGGCAUCAAUCUGUUUGACACAGCGGAGGUCUACGCUGCUGGGAAGGCCGAGGUGGUGCUGGGAAACAUCAUAAAGAAGAAGGGAUGGAGACGCUCCAGUCUGGUGAUAACAACAAAGAUCUUCUGGGGUGGAAAAGCGGAGACUGAAAGAGGUUUAUCCCGAAAACACAUUAUAGAAGGUUUAAAAGCCUCUUUAGAAAGACUGCAGCUGGACUACGUGGACGUGGUUUUUGCCAACAGACCGGACCCUAAUACACCGAUGGAAGAAACGGUUCGAGCCAUGACCCAUGUGAUCAACCAGGGCAUGGCCAUGUACUGGGGAACCUCCCGCUGGAGCCCGAUGGAGAUCAUGGAAGCGUACUCGGUGGCGCGACAGUUCAACCAGAUCCCUCCCAUCUGUGAGCAGGCCGAGUACCACAUGUUCCAGAGGGAGAAGGUGGAGGUGCAGCUGCCUGAGCUCUUCCAUAAGAUAGGUGUGGGGGCCAUGACGUGGUCUCCACUGGCCUGCGGGAUCAUCUCAGGGAAAUACGACGGCAGGGUCCCUCCCUACUCUCGAGCAUCUCUGAAGGGCUACCAGUGGUUGAAGGACAAGAUCUUGAGCGAGGAGGGCCGGCGUCAGCAGGCGAAGUUGAAAGAGCUGCAGGCAAUCGCGGAGCGGCUGGGCUGCACUCUGCCCCAACUCGCCAUCGCGUGGUGCCUACGGAACGAGGGGGUGAGCUCCGUCCUUUUAGGGGCGUCCAACACCGACCAGCUGAUGGAGAACAUCGGAGCGAUACAGGUCCUUCCAAAGCUGUCGUCGUCCAUCACACACGAGGUGGACAGCAUCCUGGGGAACAAGCCGUACAGUAAAAAGGACUACCGCUCCUAACGGGCGUCGGCCCGCCCGGCAGGGCUGCAGCCGCAGUGCCCCACCUUUGCCUGAUCCUCUGUUUGCUUGAGCUUUUACUGAGUGAGACCCUGGCGCAUGAGUCUGGCCACACCAAGGCCACGCAGGGCACCUCAUUUAGAGUUACAGGGAUAAGAUAAGAAAAGGGGGAAAAAAUACAGUCACCUCCACAGGAAGGGACGGGAUGACAAAGUCGGACGACGUGGAGAGAGGCUAGGGAUACGCGCUCAUACUUAAAUCAGUUAAACAUUCAAUCCAGCUGAACGUAUUUUAAACCAUAGAGAAAAAAAAAAACCUUUUUAAAAGAAAAAAAAUAAGCACACGCUUGCUUGGCAGCCAGAUUUCUCUCUCUCUCUCUCUCUCUCUCUUUUUUUUCUCCUCUUUUACUAAAACCGAAUGCAACUAAAGGAAGACGAAGCUCCUGCUGUCUGAUAUAUGAGAGCUGCUGUUGCACAUGUACCAUAGCCAUGCAUUAGUUCCCUGGAUGUUCUGUUUACAACCACCCGUGUUCUGUACGUCUCUGAAAGAAAAGUGUGUUGUCGACAUGACCAGAGCCUGUCCAGGCCUUUAACAAUCAGCACUUUAGUCGUGUCAGUGAAGCUGCUGGAGGAGGGAGAGGAUGAUAGAACAAGUCUUAUCUCACAGCCAUUGCACUAUAGAGCCUCCUCCUGACCACUCCUCCCUCCUCCUCCUCCCUCCUCCUCCCUCCUCCCUGUAUCUUCACCGGCAGUGCGUUUGUCCGGCCUGAUGCUCCGACGCUCCUGCUGGACAAACGUGGCGCUAAAAGUCCUGAGUUGAGCAGGACUGAGAGGAUGAGAGCAGCUCCUCCGUCCUGACCAGGGAACCAUCCGCCCUGAUGGAGCUGAGGAGCUCAGGCUGAUGUGUCCGGACAACUUGUCUGCCGCUGAGGAGCUGAGCUGUUGAUCCAUCCCAGCAGUAGGAGCUGCAGUCGUGUUAAAUCAGCUCCAUUGUGCUACCAGGCUGAGGAUCUGGCUGUGUAGGAAGUGGUGGCUCCACAUCUCCUGGAAAACCUCCUCCAUCACAUUCUGUUCAAGCAUUUUGCCUUAUUUACAGUUGCAUCAAACUGUGCUUUGGGCUUCGGUGCAGACGAGCAGCUCGACCUCUCUGGUCACAUGUGGCCGCUGUGGCGCCGACUGCUGGGCGUGGGAGGAAGGAGUUGUGUCCAGUUCCUCAGCGAGUGGCAGCAGCUCAGGGAACGGGUGGUUUCAGUCGUGUGUCGGCGUGCACGUGGUCAGGAGGUGUCAUCUAGCCGUCUGUCUUUCUCUGGUGUGUGGACACUGGGCAGGACCAGUGACAUGUUAGCGUGGCUUCAGCCAAAGAUCUCCGUCCUCAUCUCUUUAGACGUCAUACCCCAGUGUUUCACUCACUUCCUGCAAGAUUAUAGAAUCAUGUCGAAGCAUGUGCUGUCCAGCUUGUUAUCUAUCUAUGGGAUGGACUCUACUCCAUAUAUAUCUUUACUUGAUCAAGCUGUUAUACUAGUUCACAGGUACGUCCUUCAUAUACAGAAUGCGUAGUACAGCUAAGUGCUUUAGGAUCGGUAAGGUGUGCUUCAGGUGGCAGAUACCUGGUCACACGUCAGAAGUAUUAUUGCAGACAUUUCGAUGCCGCCCCGUAUCAUCCUUUGUCCUUCGGGUGCUCUCUUACUGUGAUUUAAGCACAAGUGGAUAGCAUGUGAACAUCCUCUAGCAUGGACCUCCUCACCCAGCCCACAGUACCGCCGGGUCAGCCAGGUGAUGCUUCUCCGCUUACUAACACGUGUAGAUAACAAAUCUUUACUAACAGCUGAUAAACUGUUGAUUCUUAGCAGAAAAAAAACAAGUGCAGAUUAAGAAGCUGUCGUAUUCGUGCAGAUGAAGAUGUGAAUGAGACGUGAGAGCAGCCGGAGUGCAGGGAGCUCAGAGCCAGCAUCACUGUGGGUUUGUGUGGAUGAAGCUCGCUUCAGUUCUACUCCCAGGUGAUUUCUAACAGCAGCAAGGUGAGCCAGCUCCUCUGCUGCUGGUCAGGUGUGUGUGUGUGAGUGUGUGUGAGUCGGGGGACAACUAACCAAUCCCACGCUUUAGCCAGUCCUAUCAGCUGAUCCCUGUACACGUCUGACUUACUGUGUCUCGUAUGUCUGAGUAAAUAGAACCGGCACGAGCCCAUGCCGUCCUCAGAAGAAGAAAAAAAAGAUAAAGAGCAUUUAGUUCAUUCGUCUGUGAGUUCCUGUGUCUUAAUAUUUCCACCUGCAGGGAGCAGAAGUCUGAGACGUGAAGGAAAACGCUGACGUUUUCUGUUUAUUUGCUUUCUUGCUGAAAAUGUAAAGAAGUUUGAUGUCACGCUGAAGACGACCUUAGCUUAGCACAAAGGAGCAGCUGGAGGUUAGCAUCAUCUACAAAAACCAACACGUAAACUCAGCACGUCUCCCAGAAGACGAGUCGCAGCCAAGAAAUCGUCACCUGUCGAGUGCAGGUCUGAUUUCUGUUCCCUCUGACAGAAUCUAAACGGGUCGGUGUCUUCAGUGCUCAACCUGACUCCAGAGAUACUGAACGUGUUCUGACCACAGCCCAACCCGUCCAUGUAGUGACACCAGGAGGUCCUGCUGCUCGUGUUCCUUCUCCUGGCUGCUUGUGCUGCAGCGGCGAGCGCACGGUUUGGACUUUAUUAGAUUGGGCCUCAACCUUUGACUGUCGUCCCGUGAAUCAGUCAUCUCAACACAUCACGCUAGUUCCUGCUUGAACAGGACACCAUGACGUGGAUGUGAUCUUCCACUGUGUGGCCUGGUGUGGUCCCUCUUUAAACGAGGACCUCUGAUGCUCUGGACCAGCUGAUGAGUGAACGUCGCUCUUGUUUGCUUCACAGCUUGUCGCCGGUUCAUGACCCUCAGAAAACGACAAACUAGUUGCUUUAGUAUGAAUGAAACUAAAGCAUUAAUCAGUGAGCCUUAGCUUCAGCUGUUCCUUCACACAGAGCCAGGCUAGCUGCUAGCCAGUCUCCAGGCUUGAUGCUAAGCUAACCAACUGACUCCUUCACGUGAGCGUGGCAUCGACCUUUUCUGAUUCCCGGCAAGAACUCGAAUAACUCCUAACUUGUGGAGCUUUUCCUUCGGACUGCGUCGCCGUGCGGUGUGUUUGGCCGUCAGGUUCUUUCUCACGGUGCCGACCUGCUCGACCCGGUCCAGGUUCAGCACGCUGUAGAACUGACUUGAUGUUUUGAUGUGUGGCGCCGUCACCGUGUAGAGAAACUAAUGCUUUAAGAGGUCCUGGUUUCUACCAUGUAAUGACUAGUUCAGACAUGAAACAGGCCCACAGAUGGAUGAGAGCUUAUUUUACUGAAGGUUUAGGUUAUACAGAGAAUAUAUUUUUUAUGUUUUAGCCUUUAAUGCAGUAGAGAGAAUUAAAAGAAGUGUUUUUAUUUUUUUCAUCAUGCUGCAUUUUUCCUAUCAGUAUUGUAUUGAUCUGAUGACUGACAAGCAGAAGCAUUUCUUUGUGUUGUGAUGCGUUAUGAGGACGUAGUGAGAGCCUGGUGUCUCCUGUACAUACUCUGACCUUUGUAUAUAGUUCUGGUUGUGAUCACCUCUGCCUUUUCUCUUUUCGUUUGACUUUUUUUUGUUCCUUUUUGCAGGCGUUGCUAUCUGCACUGUGCUUGAAUCUGAACUUUAGACAGGAUGUACAGCUUCGAUCUUCAAUGAAAAUCAAAUAAUGAUAAAAAAUAAGAAUGGUAAACCA